AUUUAAAUGUUCGUAAGUUAUAAACUUUUAUAUAAAAUCUCUUAUGAAAUUAUUUUUAUAUUAAUCGAGUUCGUAGUCAUAAAUUGAAAUGAUUAAAAUAGCAUAUAUCAUAUUUAAGGCUGUUUACCAUCUAUUUUUACUAGAUAUAAAAAUUUUUUAUAUAGUAACUCAAAUGUUAGGUUACAUGUGGAAGAGAUAUAAUCUAUAUAAGCUUAUAUAGCGAUACAAUAGGCGUAUAGUUUGGAUAGUAUUUUCUUAUUGCACUUGUAAUUCUUAUUUUGUCCACAUCUGUCGUUGAAGUCGCAUACCCUACAAGCGAAAGAUGGUAAACAACCUUCAGGUAUCGUGAUGGAAAGUUGGGUUACUAUAACACCUUGUCUUCAACAAGGUUUGAAGAUUGCAAAUCGAAUCGAUAAUGGUAAAUUUCGAUUACUUGUUAAUCGCAUAUGUCAAAAUUUGCAAUCUACUAGUAAUGUAAAACCAUUCAAUGAAGAAGAAGAAGAGAAACUUUUAGUAUCUUUAGAAUUGAAUAAAGAGGAAUUAACUUUUUUGUUAGAUGCAGUAACACUUAUUUAUAAACAAGCUGCCUUUAAUAUAGUGAAGUCAGCAGAAUUCGAAUCUACUUUAAAAGAUACUUGUAAAUUAGAUGAAGAUAAAACGUUAAUUUUUGUUAAUUCAUGGUUAAGUUAUGGUAAAGGAAUUAUUGAAUGUCUCAGAAAAAGAUCUAUAUUUCCUACACAGGUAAAAGAUAUUAAUUGGUGUUUAAAUAUACAAUCAUCAUCUUCAACAAUUUCCAAAGAUGCUAGUCCCAUGACACUAUUUCAGUUAGACUUUACAGGUGAGAAAGACUCAAAAUUAACUAUUGAAUUUGAUAAAAAGUCUCUCACUGAUUUAUAUAUGAAUUUAGAAAAAAUACAAAACCAACUCGAUGCAUUAAAAUAGAGUAAUAAUGUGAAACAGUUUUACAUUUUAUAUAAGAUAUAUUUCUCAAAAUUUUGAUAAUUUUUAUAACUGUUUACAAGUAUACUCUACUCCUAUAGACUAACUUACUCUUAUAAGUUAACAAUGUCUUCAAUAAUGUAAGGUAAAAGUAGGUUUGAGGAAAAAGCAAUGAUAUGUACCUUAUUUGUCUCUGGUAGACGCAUAUAAAUUUACAAUCCAAAGUUUUCAUAUAAUUUUGGUGUUACAACAUUAUAUUUUUCUACUCUUUCGUACAAGUGUGGGCUUCUGUUUGGUAAAAUAUUAUUACUAUUAGUAAUAUUACUACAAUUAUCAUGCUCUAUUCUUCUGUCGUUGGUGCAUUGCAAAUUUUGUUGUUUUCUUGAAGCAGGCAUUGUUUCUAAUAUUUCUGGUGAUCUUACAAAAAGUCGAGUUUUACAAACUACUAUAACUACUACAAUAAUCAUUAAAAAUAAAAUAAUAGCAGUUAAAGCACCAACAAUCCAUCCAAGUUUUUCAUCUAUAAAAUCAUAGAAAACACUUGUAACUAUUUAUAAAUAAGGAGUUAAAAAUGGAUAACAUAAUAUUACAAACCAGCAAGUGUAUUAAGUAAGAUGAGUGUUGCACUUCCCAAUUCUAUGUCAGUAUUUUUGUUAUCUCUUGUAAAUCUGCAAGUCCACUGUCCUAAGUCUGAAUAAUCAGGUUUGAAUUCUAUUGUGCAUAUCCCAGUAGAAUAAUCCAUUUGAAGAUUGUGCCUAUUUUGAAAAUACGUGAGAAUAUACUACAAUGUGAUAUAAUCAAA